GCUCGGCCAGAAGCUGAUGCCGCCGGUCCACACGCCAUGGCCUUCAAACGGGAUGGGGAUGAUCUGAGUCAACUCAACGUCCUCAGGAAGCGCCGGGUGGCAGACUUGCUGGCCAGCUACAUCCCCGAAGACGAAGCCAUCCUGCUGAAGAGCGGAAGGUAUGCCUGUUCCGUAUGUUCCUACCGUCCCGUCUUCGACACAGUCGACAUGCUGGCUGUUCACAGGGCAGGGAAGAAGCACAUUGCCAGCCUCCAGCAGUUCUACGGACGGAAGAGGGAACUACAGAUGGCAGUUCAGAAGCACCGGCACCGGAGCCACAUCCAGGAGGAGGAGUCGGGCUCAGAAUCCAGGCCUGAGCAGGAGCCGCUGCCGCCUCUCCUCAGGAAGACCCGACAGAUAGCUCACCACGCGCUGCUGACAGCGGCCCCCUACAACAGCUGCUGCAAGCGGAAACGAUCUGGCGACGACCACCCCAGACAGGUGCCUAGCCCCAGCCCUGCGGAGGGGGGGCAGCCGCCAGUGGGGGCACUGAGCGUGGCCUCAGGGCGGCCAGGGACGUGUGCCGACGCCUGGGGGGGCGGCCAGCAGCCCCGAGAGGCAUCAGCAGGAUCCCACUCCUGGACUGGGGCUGACGCUGAUGCUGGGCGCAGGGGCCGCAGGAAGAGUGACCGGUACCACCCUCCCUCACCCUCACCCGUGGCAGAGGUGGACCCUGCCAGGCAGAAGCUGCUGGAGUACCAGCUGCACCUGAGGAGCUCCGGUUGGAUUCCGGACUCUGACGGGAAGUGGGUGCGGGAUGCGGCCGUCGAGUUCGACUCAGAUGAGGAAGAACCUCCAGCACUGCCCCCACCCUGAGGCCAGGCCACCACCUCCUCUCUGUGUCACCUGCUCUGCCUUCUGUCAACCAACACCCCCCACUCACCCCUCACUCUCCCUCCUUCCUCCCUCGCCCACUCACCCCUCAUUCUCCCUCCUUCCUCCCUUACCCCUCACUCUCCCUCCUUCCUCACCCUUCACUCUCCCUCCUUCCUCCCUCGCCCCUCAACCACUCUCCCUUCACCCUCUGUUCCUCACCAUGAUGCUCCCUCCUCUGAUCCACCUUCCCCCCACUGCCACACCUCCCCCUCUCAGUGAAGUUGGGCUGGGCUGCGAGCAGGAUAAAAUGGGAUCAGUGUGACUGGGAGGGUGCGGGGUAGGAGGGGUUAGCAGGGAUUUGAGGUACAAAGGGCCUGUUCCUGUGCAUAAUCUUUCAACACGACCAGGAGUUUCAUUACUGGUGAUCUCUAAGGGUCAGGCCCAACUGAGAGACACCCAUUCUCCCUCCUCCCUCCCCAAUCCCUGCUGAUUCCUCCACCAUUCAUCACCUCCCUCCCCAACCCCUCCCACCCCCACCCACUCCCUCCUAUCCAGCCUUCACAUCUACCACCUCGGCACAAAGUACCCACUAUCUUCAACAACUGUUAAAGCCAACUGUCUCAGAUAACCUGCCAUCCUGUUUGUGACAGAGCUGAUGUGCUGGAUGACUGUACCACAAUAACUGGGUCAGAAUCUGAAGAACACAAUCACGGUGGGGGGAGAGGACGCUGAUGGGUCUGGUAUGGUGCGACAGCGACCCCCCCCCCCAGAAAGAACCCCACAUUGAUGCCGAGUAGUUGAACUGACCAGUGAACAAGUGGCAAAGGAACUGGAUGAUUGUGACUGUAAUGGACCAGAGUGAACUGUAACCAAUGGGAAUAUCACGGUCUACAGUUAAAAUGCGUCUGACUCUUCAACGGUGUGAAACCUUCUGUGUAGUUGGGGUAACCUCCUGACCCUCUAACCCGUGUGUGUGUACGCACGCACACGGCUGGAUAUGCAGUCGUCUCUAGCGUUGAGGCGCAGUGUGGAGCAGCCUGGGUGUCAGGAGGUGCGAAGGGCGGGGGCUCCCAUUUCCUCUCCCUCCCUCCCACUUACCUCCCCUUCUCCCUACCUGUGCGUGCUUGGUUCAUUGUGCCGAAGGUUAUUUGCACUGAGUUUCCACGUUUGUGUAAGAGUCCGUGGUUAAAUACACAUUGAUAUGUGUGCGCGGGUUAUUUGCACGCCCGCUUGCACACUUGUAUGCAUGCCAUCGUCAGAUGCGCGCCAGUGUGCCUGUCCGGGUUAUUUGCACAAACGCGUGUGCGCGCACUCGGUGAAUAGUUGUGCAUCUGCAUGCGUGACAGCGCACGAUCUUCUGUACGCGUGUGCGCGGUUGGUUCUCAGCAGUGUGCACGAGUGUGUGCUCCUUUGCACAUGUCUGUGUCUAUACGCGUCUGACUUGGAACCAAAAUAAGAUCGGUCUCCCUCCAAAUCUCCAUUGCCAAACAUGGUCCUGAGUUAUUUUUA